AUGGUGACGCAGUUACUUGGCUACAUCCUCACAGGUGCCCGCUGUGAACUGCUGGUUUCUCCUGCUGGUCCCAGUCUGGUGAAUGCUUUAGCUGGCGAAAACGUGACUCUGGCUGUGUCCUUCAGUGGUGCCCCUGACCCAGUUGUUAAAUACAUCCAGAGCUUGACUCUGAGCUCACAGCCGGGUCUUAUCAAAGAGGGAACUGAGAACUUCACCCUGCAGCAUAGCAUGCUCCAAGGAGUGUUUGAGCAACAAAUGUGGUUCUUCAAUGGCAUUGAAAUAAAAAACAGCUCACGCUAUUUAGUGAAGACACAGGCAAAUAGUCUUGUGAUCCUCAGGCCAAACCGAAAUGACACAGGAGAGUACGCUGUGUUACUGACAAACCCCUUCAGAAAUGCAACGGCAUCUCAAAAUGUCUCUGUGCAGUGUGGUCCUGUAGCAUUCCUUCCAAUUAUGAGAACCACAGUUGACUCUGGGGGCAAAAUAGUGGUGACAGUCCGCUGUUUCAGUGAGGUAUCGCCUAAAGCUGUUGUGUCAUGGUUCAGUAGCAAUGAGACUGUCACCAACGGGUCCACAUACCAGAUCAGCAGCAACACCUCACAGCUUAUGAUUCGUCAUUACAAUGUCAGCAACUUUCUUCUCCAAAACUACACCUGCACAUGCAGGAACCCUCUGGGCAGCAAGAAAAGAGAAAUUCAGCUACAAGGACCAUCCAUCUCAGAUUCCAGUUUGUUCCCUAACCGAAACGGAACCAUCGUCACGUUGACCUGGGAGGUCCCAUCUAUGUCUGUUGUUACAGGGUUCGACAUCCAAAUGAAAGGACCAGACCUUCUGAGCAAAAAUCGCAAUGCCCCUCUGACUAAAAGCAGCUCAAAUGUAUAUCGCACAAUCCAGCAGAAACCUGGUUCUGCCAGGAGUACGGAUAUCUUUUUCCUUGAUCCCAAGCUGACCUACUGGUUUCAAGUCAUCCCCAAAGCUCGUAUGACCAAUGGAGAGCCAUCUAAGAGCCAACGAAUUGGUCCAGGUGAAGGACUGAGUGGUCCUGCUAUUGCUGGCAUUGCAGCAGGCAUCCCCUGCAGCCUUCUGUUCCUUCUUUUGCUGACUGGCCUCAUCUACCUUGGUGUCUACUGCAUCAGGAACAAAAGUAGGUGA